AUGCAGAAACCAUUUUCUCCAAAGCCGGAUUGUGCUGUUGUCUUUCGACCAGCACUGUCCUCAUCCCUCAAUCCUUGCCUGACGAGCUGCUACCCUGAACUGCAGCACUCCUCGUGCCUUUUUUUGGGGGAGGCCUUCUUGGUGCUCAACACCGGGAGCAGCGUUCAGCUUUCGCUGCCAACGACCUUUUGGAUCUGCUUGGGAUCCUCAGCCUUCCUGAAUGCCAUCAUCAAGACAUCAGAAACGCAUGCCUACACCAUCGGGGAGAUGUCGCUUUGUGCCCCCUUUCUGGCUUUCGAUCCGGUGAUCCAGCUGGCUGUGGGAUCGUUAUUACUCCCGCUGCUCUCAUUCUGCUGCCUUGGUGGGGCACCCCUCGAGCCGCCCAGCUACCAUUUCCUGCGGAAAGCUGCCUCCGUGGCGUGCAUCGCAGCAGGAAUGCUGGCUUUGUCCAUUUCACGCAGGCAGGCAAAGAGAGAGCUACCGAAAGGGGCUGGCUUUAUCAUUCUGAACUGCUUCCUGUACUCCGCCACGUACCGGCUUGAUGCUGCAGCCGUGGGUGUGACCAGCAGCGUUUGCUACUUCGCCUUUAGUCGCCUCCUUAUGGCGGCGGUUUGCUUUGCCGGGACAUUGCUCCAGACGAAGGAGGAUGCAAAGCUGGACGAGCCGUCGGCGAAGUCGGGCGGAUGGGACCGAAGAACGGUCACGCUGCUCUUGUUCGUUUGUGUAGUGGACGCGGCUUACAUGCUUUCCAUGUACCAGGCCGUGUCCUUGAUCUCGCCAGUCCUCGUCUCCGCCGUGAAGCGGGGGGGUGGCAUCGUUGUCUCAGCGCUUUUCGGCGCGCUGUUCUUCGGGGAGAACUUGUCGGGAAGGAAGAGACUUCUCUUCAGCAUUGCUGCUGGUGUGACGUUGCUCUGCCUCUGA